AUGGCACAAGUGAGCUCAAGUCUUUGGACUCCUCUGGUUCCAAACGAAGGGAGAAACGAUGGAAUCGAUGCCGAAACAUCCCGGCAAGGAUUUGGUAGUGUGGAUGAUGUUAUUGAAGAAGCUAAGAAGCAACUAUGGCUAGCAGGGCCUCUUAUUGCAGUAAGUCUGCUGCAGUGUAGCUUACAGAUCACGUCAGUCAUGUUCGUCGGCCAUCUCGGAGAGCUUGCACUUUCCGGUGCUUCCUUGGCCUCUUCGUUCGCUGCAGUAACCGGAUUUGAUAUCUUGUUGGGAAUGGCAAGUGCGUUAGAGACGCUAUGUGGGCAAGCCUAUGGGGCUAAACAGUACCACAUGCUUGGAGUCCAUAUGCAACGAGGAAUGCUAACAUUGGUAGUAGUGAGCAUGCCCUUGGCACUCAUUUGGUUUUACACAGGCACCAUUCUCAUUGCUCUUGGCCAAGACCACGAGAUAUCCAAAGAAGCAGGAACUUUCAACCGAUGGAUGAUACCGAGUCUUUUCGCCUAUAGCCUCCUCCAAUGCCUCAAUAGAUUCUUACAGACGCAAAACAAUGUGUUUCCAAUGAUGAUAAGCUCUGGAAUCACAGCUUUUCUUCACAUCAUAGUCUGUUGGGCACUUUGCUUUAAAGUUGGCUUAGGCAGCAAAGGCGCAGCAUUGGCCAUUAGCAUUUCGAAUUGGGUGAAUCUGUUGUUAUUGGCAAGUUAUGUGAUAUUCUCGCCAGUCUGCAAGAACACUUGGACAGGAUUCUCAAAAGAGGCAUUGCAUGAUAUCUUAAGCUUUAUCAAGCUUGCCAUUCCAUCAGCUAUAAUGAUAUGUUUCGAAUAUUGGACAUUCGAAAUGGUUGUUCUCUUGUCCGGUCUCCUCCCAAACCCAAAACUUGAGACAUCUGUGUUAUCAAUAAGCCUUAACACAUGUUGGACGGUCUAUAUGGUAUCAGUUGGUCUUGGCAGUGCUAUAAGUACAAGAGUAUCGAAUGAAUUGGGUGCCGGAAGGCCACAAAGUGCACGGUUAGCUCUACAAGUCAUGAUCAUAAUGGCUUUAUCCGAGGGUGCUGCUAUAGCAAUAGCUACAGUAUCAGUCCGCCAUGUUUGGGGAAAGCUCUACAGCAAUGAGAAUGAAGUGAUCACAUAUGUUGCUAAAAUGAUGCCACUGCUUGCACUAUCUGACUUCUUGGAUGGAUUCCAAUGUGUGCUUUCAGGAGCUGCUAGAGGGUGUGGAUGGCAAAAUCUUUGUGUUUACAUAAACCUUGGGGCUUACUAUGUUGUUGGAAUUCCUACUGCUGUGCUUUUUGCUUUCAUCCUUCAUAUUGGAGGCAUGGGGCUCUGGAUGGGAAUCAUUUGUGCACUUCUUGUUCAAGUUACCGCACUUGUUGCAGUAAAUGCCUGCACUGACUGGUCUCAAGAGGCCCUGAAAGCUGCUGAUAGAGUUCAGGAUACCAGCUUGGUGACAGACAAGGCAGUAGCUUAGUACGUGAGACCUGAAAACGACU